AUGCCGGAUAUCGACGGAGUUGCUUUGGCUAUGGAUGGACUUGGAGACGAAUAUCGUUCUGCAAUUGAGGAUAGACUUGCAUUUGCCUCUGCUGAAGGGCUACGAGCCAACAGCCGCGAUGGUCGCGUCAGUGACCUUUCGGGAGCAUGCUCUAUAAAUACCGAGGAGACAUGGCAAGACGGGGGAACAGAAUCAAUAAAAGGACAUAAUGAAGUAAAACGGAGGUAUCCACUUAAUCAGCCAUCAAACCUGGAAAAUAGGAGCGCUGCUGGCAGACGUCCCAAUAGACCUCGCGGUACAGAGGGCCUGGGGAUACAUUGGGCUCCACUGAAUAUCAGCCCGAAGCGACGCCUGCAAACAUUAGUAGUGCUUUAUCACACAGUUUCAAUAGCCAUAUUUGUCACCAGCUUUUUCUUUUCUUGUGCAAUACCAUUAUUCUGGCCAUUUUUACUUCCAUACCUUGUUUAUAUAUCCCUAUUUUCUAAGGCUGCUACGGACGGUAUGUUGAGGGGACGUAGCCAGUUUCUGCGAUCUCUGAGAAUUUGGACUUAUUUUGCUGGCUACUUCCCCGCGAGACUUCACCGGUCUGAAGUCCUUCCUCCAACGAGGAAAUAUAUCUUUGGGUACCAUCCUCAUGGAAUCAUAUCCCAUGGCGCGUUUGCCGCCUUCGCAACCGAAGCACUAGGCUUCUCCAAACUCUUCCCCGGCAUCACAAAUACACUACUUACCUUAGAUUCCAACUUCCGGCUCCCAUUUUACCGUGACUACGCUCUCGCGAUGGGCCUCGCAAGUGUCUCCCGCGAGUCGUGUGAAAACCUACUCUCUAAGGGGGGCCAAGACAACGAGGGUAUGGGCCGGGCGAUCACUAUUGUUGUAGGAGGGGCGCGCGAGUCCCUCGACGCCCAACCUCACAAAGUCCGUCUCAUUCUCAAAAGGCGAAAGGGAUUUAUCAAGCUCGCCAUCCGUACCGGUGCAGACCUCGUACCCGUUCUAGCAUUUGGUGAAAAUGAACUAUAUAAACAAGUUGCGUCGGAUCAGCACCCCAUUAUUCAUAAGGUUCAAUUGCUGGUCAAGCGAACCAUGGGAUUCACGAUUCCUCUUUUUCACGCGAGAGGUGUGUUCAAUUACGAUGUGGGCUUGAUGCCAUAUCGAAGGCCUUUGAACAUUGUUGUUGGGAGACCAAUUCCGGUUGUACAGCAAAUCAACCGCGACAAAAUUGAAGACGCAUAUGUAGAUGACUUGCACGCGAAGUAUGUUACCGGACUACAAAGCUUAUGGGAUGAAUGGAAGGAUACCUUUGCUACCGAGAGGGAAUCAGAAUUAGAAAUUAAUUAA